GACGGUGUUGUUCGCGGGCCAGCAGAUUCCCAAGAGUCCGUUUUGAGGUGAACGUGGACAAGGCACUGGGCGACGCCUCCAAGGUCACCGCCAAAGGCCCCGGCAUCGAACCCGUGGGCAACAUCGCCAACAAACCGACCUACUUCGAUAUUUACACUGCAGGUGCCGGCGUGGGCGACGUGACGGCGAUGAUCAGAGACCCUCAGGGGCGGCAGAACAGCGUGGAGGUCAUGAUGGAGGACAAGGGCGACAGCGUGUACCGCUGCACCUACCGGCCCACGCAGGCCGGCCCGCACGCCGUCGCCGUCACCUUCGGGGGCGUCGCCAUCCCCAAGAGCCCCUUCAGCGUCGACGUGGGGCCUGCCUGUGUUCCCGGGGCGUGCAGGGCGACAGGUCGGGGUCUGCAGCCCUCUGGCUUGAGGGUGAGACAGGUGGGAGACUUCAAGGUGGACACGAGGACGGCCGGCAGCGGGGAGCUGAAGGUUCUGGUCAAAGGACCGAAGGGCGUCGAGGAGCCGGUGAAGCAGACCGCCGCUCAGGACGGUGUGUAUUCCUACGAGUAUCACCCCACCAGCCCUGGAAAAUACUCGGUGUCCAUCACCUGGGGCGGGCAGCACAUCCCAAAGAGUCCGUUCGAGGUGGCGGUGGGUUCGGAGGCGGGGCCUCAGCAGAUCAGGGCGUGGGGUCCCGGCCUGGAGGGGGGCAUUGUGGGUAAACCGGCGGCCUUCGUCGUGGAGUCCAUCGGCACCGACGUCGGGGUGCUGGGUUUCGCCAUCGAGGGGCCGUCCCAGGCCAAGAUCGAGUGCGAGGACCAGAACGACGGGUCAUGUGACGUCCGCUACUGGCCCACGGAGGCGGGCGAGUACGCCGUGCACGUCACCUGCGACGAGCAGGACAUCGAGCUCAGCCCCUUCAUGGCGCUCGUCGUCCCCGACAACCGCAGCAGCGACCCCGACAAGGUGCAGGCCUUCGGUCCGGGUCUGGAGAAGAGCGGCUGCCUGGUCAACCAGCCGGCCGAGUUCACUGUCAACGCAAAGGAUGCUGGGAAAGGACCUCUGAAAAUCACCGUUCAGGACGCCGAGGGCCUCCCCGUAGAGGUGAAGGUGAGGAGUAAAGGCGAGGGGGUGUACGCCUGCUCCUACGCUCCGGCCUCGCCGCUCAAACACACCGUGGCCGUGGCCUGGGCCGGCGUCGGCGUCCCCGGCAGCCCCUUCCGGGUGAACAUCGGUAAAGGCAGCCACCCCGACAUGGUGAAGGUGUUCGGGCCCGGAGUGGAGAGGAGCGGACUGAAGGCCAACGAGCCCACACACUUCACCGUGGACUGCACCGGAGCUGGAGAAGGUGAUGUCAGUGUGGGUAUUAAGUGCGAUGCCAACAUGGUCGGUGACAAAGAGGCCGACGUCGACUUCGACAUCAUCACCAACGCCAACGACACGUUCACCGUCAAAUACAUCCCCCCCGCCGCCGGGAGGCUCACCAUCAAAGUCCUGUUCACUGAUAAGGAAGUCCCACAGAGCCCCUUCAGGGUCAAAGUGGAGCCUUCCCAUGAUGCCUCAAAGGUGAAGGCAGAGGGACCCGGACUGGCUCGCACCGGUGUGGAGAGUGGGAAGCCGACUCACUUCACGGUGGUGACUAAAGGAGCAGGUAAAGCUCCGCUGGACGUUUCGUUCUCUGCCCCCGUCAGCGACUUCGACAUCAUCGACAACUACGACUACUCCCAGACCGUCAAAUACACACCUGUGCAGAAGGGGGAGAUGGCGAUCACGGUGAAGUUUGGUGGCGAUCCCGUCGCUAAGAGCCCGUUCACCGUCGGCGUGGCCGCCCCGCUGGACCUCAGCAGGGUCACCGUGGACGACCUGGAAGGACGAGUGGAGGUCGGUCAGGACCAGACGUUUGUUGUGGACACCAAAGGAGCAGGAGGUCAGGGUCAGCUGGAGGUGGCGGUGCUGAGCCCCAGCCAGCGGGCGCUGCCCUGCACCGUGGAGCCCCAGCCCGGCAAGGCCGACUGCAAGGUGGUCCGCUACAAACCCACGGAGGAGGGAGUCCACGCCGUCAACGUGUCCUACGACGGACACCCCAUCCCGGGGAGCCCCUUCCCCGUGGAGGCCCAGCUGCCCCCAGACCCCAGCAAGGUGAAGGCGUUCGGUCCCGGGCUGAAGGGCGGCUUGGUGGGAAACCCGGCGGAGUUCACCAUCGACACCAAGGGCGCCGGCACCGGGGGCCUGGGGCUGACGGUGGAGGGGCCCACCGAGGCCAAGAUCGAGUGCUCGGACAACGGGGACGGGACGUGCUCCGUGUCCUACCUGCCCACGGAGCCCGGAGACUACCUGGUCAACAUCCUGUUCGAGGACGUGCACGUGCCGGGCUCGCCGUUCAAGGCCGACAUCCAGAUGCCCUUUGACCCCUCGAAGGUGGUGGCCUCGGGGGCGGGGCUGAAGAGAGCCAAGGUUGGAGAGGCGAGUGUGGUGAACGUGGACUGUUCCCGGGCCGGACCAGGAGAGCUGAGCCUGGAGGCGGCGCUCGACCCCCCAACCAGCCCAACGGGAUCUCUCCCUGGAGCCGGAGCAAAGGCCAAGACGGAGGUGGUGGACAACAAGGACGGGACGUACACGGUGACCUACGUGCCCCUGACGGCCGGCAUGUACACCCUCCUGCUGAAGUACGGGGGCAAGGCCGUGCCCGGCUUCCCCGCCAAGGUCAUGGUGGAUCCCGCCGUCGACACCUCCAAGGUCAAGGUGUUUGGUCCUGGAGUGGAAGGACAAGCUGUUUUCAGAGAAGCCACCACGGAGUUCACGGUGGACGCUCGGCCCCUGAGCCGGCGGGGCGGCGACCACGUGAAGGCGCAGGUCAAGAACCCGUCCGGGGCGCUGACGGACUGCGUGGUCACCGACAACGCCGACGGCACCUACGGCGUCGAGUACACGCCGUACGAGAACGGCGUCCACAGUGUUCAGGUUCUGUACGACGACACUCCGGUUCCCAAGAGCCCGUUCAGGGUGUCGGUGUCGGAGGGAUGCGACCCCAGCAGGGUGGUGGCCACCGGCCCGGGACUGCAGCACGCCCUGACCGACAAGCCCAACAACUUCAACAUCGUCACCAGAGGGGCCGGUAUCGGCGGGCUGGGCAUCACGGUGGAGGGCCCGUCUGAGUCCAAGAUGUCCUGUAAGGAUAACAAAGACGGCAGCUGCAGCGUGGAGUACGUCCCGUUCACCGCCGGCCUCUACGACGUCAACAUCACCUACGGGGGGCAGCACAUCCCAGGAAGCCCCUUCAAGGUCCCGGUAAAGGACGUGGUCGACUCCAGCAAGGUGAAGGUGUCGGGCCCCGGCGUGGGCUCAGGGGUCCGGGCUAACAUCCCACAAUCCUUCACGGUGGACUGCAGCAAGGCCGGCGUGGCCCCGCUGGCUGUGGCUGUCACUGCACCCAAAGGUGUGGCUGAGCCGGUGGAGGUGGUGGAUAACGGCGACGGGACACACACUGUGUGUUACACUCCCUCAGUGGAGGGGCCGUACUCUGUGGCCGUGCAGUACGCCGACCAGGACGUCCCGCGCAGUCCCUUCAAGUUCCGCGUUUUGCCGACUCAUGAUGCCAGCAAGGUGCGAGCCAGCGGCCCCGGCCUGACCAGCGGCGUCCCGGCCAGCUUCCCCGUCGAGUUCAGCAUCGACGCCAAGGACGCCGGACAGGGCCAGCUCACCGUGCUCAUCACCGACCAGGACGGUAAGCCCAAGCAGACCAGUAUCCAUGACAACGGCGACGGCACGUACCGCGUGUCGUACGUCCCGGACCGCGUGGGCCGCUACACCAUCGUCAUCAAGUACGGCGACGACGACAUCCCCGCCUCGCCGUACCGCGUCCGAGCCACGGCCACCGGAGACGCCAGCAAGUGCACCGUCUCCGGUCCCGGGGUGGGCCCCACCGUGGCCAUCGGCGAGGAGCUGGGCCUGGUGGUGAACGCCAAGGCGGCGGGGAAGGGGAAGGUGUGCUGCGUGGUGGUGCAGCCGGACGGCAGCGAGGUGGAGGCCGAGGUGCUGGAGAACGAGGACGGCACCUUCGACAUCUUCUACACGGCCCCCGCCCCCGGGAACUACUUCAUCUACGUGCGCUUCGGGGGGGAGAACGUCCCCCGCAGCCCCUUCAAGGUCAUGGCUACUGAUGAGGUUGUUCCCAUGAUGCAACAGCAGACGUCUCUACAGCAACAGGCUCCUCCCCCUGGAGCGGGCUUCCAGCCCUGGGUGACAUCAGACGGCUACCGGCCAAUCAGCAGCAGCGUGAACGGAAGCGGCUUCAGACCGUUUGACAUGGUGAUCCCGUUCUCCUUCAGGAAAGGAGAAAUCACUGGUGAGGUGCUGAUGCCUUCAGGUAAAUCGGCUCAGCCUCUGAUCUCGGACAACCUGGACGGGACGGUCACGGUUCAGUACUCGCCCACCGAGGCCGGCCUGCACGAGAUGCAUAUCAAGUACAAUGGCACACACAUCCCAGAGUCUCCGCUCCAGUUCUAUGUGAACCAUGCCAGCAGUCCCAGCGUCACGGCGUACGGUCCCGGCCUGAGCUACGGAGUCGCCAACAAGCCGGCCUCGUUCAUCGUGUACACCGAGGACGCCGCCGAGGGAGGUCUGGACCUGGCCAUCGAGGGUCCGUCCAAAGCGGAGAUCAGCUGCGUGGACAACAAGGACGGGACGUGCAGCGUCAGCUACCUGCCCACGCUGCCCGGCGACUACAACAUCCUGGUGCGCUACAACGACAAGCACAUCGCCGGUAGCCCCUUCACCGCCAGGAUCACCGAGGACAACCAGCGGCGGUCCCAAGUGAAGCUGGGCUCGGCGGCAGACUUCUCUCUGGACAUCAUGGAGACGGACCUGAGCCUGCUGACGGCCAGCAUCACCUCGCCGUCGGGCCGGGACGAGCCCUGCCUGCUCAAGAGGAUGGCCAACAACCACAUUGGUAUCUCCUUCAUCCCCAGGGAGGUGGGCGAGCACAAGGUCAGCAUCCUGAAGAACGGGCGCCACGUCGCCAACAGUCCCAUCACCAUCAUGGUGGUCCAGUCGGAGAUCGGAGACGCCAGCCGGGUCAAAGUUCACGGCGACGGCCUCGUCCAGGGCUCCACUUUCCAGAACUCCAGCUUCCAGGUGGACACGCGGGAGGCAGGUUACGGCGGCCUGGCUCUGUCCAUCGAGGGGCCCAGUAAGGUGGACAUCCAGACGGAGGACAUGGAGGACGGGACGUGCCGGGUGUCCUACUGUCCCACCGAGCCAGGAAACUACAUCGUGUCCAUCCGCUUCGCUGAGGAACACGUGCCAGGAAGUCCGUUCACGGUGCGGGUGGCGGGCGAGGGCCGGAUCCGGGAGAGCAUCAGCCGACGACAGAGGGCGGCGUCUGUCGCCAGCGUGGGCAGUGUGUGUGACCUCAACCUGAAGUUACCAGCGAUUGACGUACAGGAAGUCACCGCCGAGGUCACCUCCCCCUCGGGAGCCAAUCAGCCGGCAGAGCUGGUCACCGCGGGCAACGGCAACUACUGCGUGCGCUUCGUUCCCACGGAGAUGGGCGUGCACAGCGUGAGCGUGCGCUACAGGGGCAUGCACGUGCCGGGGAGCCCCUUCCAGUUCACCGUGGGGCCCCUGGGGGAGGGAGGGGCCGCCAAGGUGAGGGCAGGAGGCCCGGGGCUGGAGAGGGCACAGGCCGGGGAGCCAGCUGAGUUCAGUAUCUGGACGAGGGAGGCGGGGGCCGGCGGUCUCUCCAUCGCGGUGGAGGGCCCCAGCAGGGCCGAGAUCGCCUUCGACGACCGCAAAGACGGAUCCUGUGGCGUCACCUACAUCGCCCAGGAGCCGGGUGACUACGAGGUGUCGGUGAAGUUUAACGAGCAGCACAUCCCGGACAGCCCCUUCCUGGUCCCGGUGGUCGCUCCCGUGAACGACGCCCGCCGCCUCACUGUUACCGGCCUUCAGGAGUCAGGUCUGAAGGCGAAUCACCCAGCAUCCUUUGCGGUGCGUCUGAACGGCGCGCAGGGCAAGCUGGAGGCCAAAGUCCACAGUCCAUCUGGAGCUCUGGAGGAGUGUGCCGUGACCGAGCUGGACAGAGAGAAAUACGCGAUCCGCUUCAUCCCCCGGGAGAACGGCGUCCACUCCAUCGACGUCAAGUUCAACGGCGCUCACAUCCCAGGAAGCCCCUUCCAGGUCCGGGUGGGGGAGCCGGGGCAGACCGGAGAGCCCGGCCUGGUGUCGGCGUACGGGGCGGGGCUGGAGCGAGGCACGACAGGAACCCAGUCAGAGUUCAUCAUCAACAACAGCAAGGCGGGCCCCGGGGCCCUGGCCGUGACCAUCGAGGGCCCGUCCAAGGUGAAGAUGGACUGCCAGGAGGCUCCUGAGGGCUACAAGGUGCAGUACACGCCCAUGGCGCCCGGAAACUACACCAUCAGCAUCAAGUACGGAGGACCCAACCACAUCACCGGCAGCCCCUUCAAGGCCAAGGUCACAGGUCCUCGGCUGGUGAACGUGACCAACGCCAGUGAGAUGUCGACGCUGACGGUGGAGCCGGCGGCGCGGGCGUCCAGCAGCAGCCCGGCCCAGAGCGCCGCGCCCUGGCAGGCCGCCUCCGACGCCAGCAAGGUGCAGAGCCGCGGGCCCGGCCUCAGCAAGGCCUUCGUGGGCCAGAAGAGCAGCUUCUCCGUGGACUGCAGCAAGGCCGGUAAGAACAUGCUGCUGGUGGGCGUGACGGGGCCCCAGCUGCCCUGCGAGGAGGUGCUGGUCAAACACCUGGGCAACCUGCAGUACAACGUCAGCUACGUGCUCAAGGAGCGCGGCAGCUACGUCCUGGUGGUCAAGUGGGGCGACGACCACAUCCCGGGCUCCCCGUUCCACGUCACCGUCCCAUAAUGCACCAGCAGGACGAAAUCUCUCUUCUGCGCCAUUUUGCAUCCCUGAACACUGUCUACACUGCAAAAAAAUAAAAAGUCCAAUGAAUAAGCCACUUUAUCCAGUAUUGAAAUAAACCAUCAGGUCAAAACGUGAGGAUUUUCCUUCAGUCCUGUAACGUCAUGUUGAUUAAUGUAUUAACUUCUUUAUCUGCACUAAAUACAAGAAAAAAAAAUAAGGAAAAUAUUUUUUAAAAAGAAUAGAAAAGAAAUCCUGAUGCUGAAAAGGAUUCAGACAGAAAAUGAACAAAUGAAUGAACUUUUUAAGAGCUUUUUUUGUUUUGUUUUGUUUGUUUGUUUGUUUGUUUGUUUGCUGUGUAUCAGGGAGGCAAAAUGGCCAAAGCGACCUGAAACUGGAGCUGUGAGAGUAAAGGACAGAGAGAGGGAGAGAGGACUGAUAUUUAAGAACCAUCACAUCCAUUGAUUUUUCUUUUCUUUUUUCUUUUCUUUUUUUUUUUUUUUUUUGCUGCCCUGAAAUUGUUUUCAAUUGACAAAAAUUUGCACUUGACGAUAGUUUUUAUGCUUGAUUGGUAAAUUAAUGAUGUAAUUGCUGGUUUUUACAUGAGGAGUCAGCGGGUGAGCGUGUCCGACUCCUUCCCGCGGAUGUUUCCGGAGAAUAACUCUGGAAACGGUAAACUGGAUUUGGAGCGGGCUCGGGUGCAAACGGGCCGAUUUAGUGGAGAUUUCUUAAAGCUCCAGUUUGAUAUCAACAGUUGAAACAAAUGUCAAACCGGUUCAGACCGCCUCAGACAGGACAACACCUGCAUGUGUGCAGUGCAGCCCGAGACACAGAGCCUUUUGAUUUCAGAGGAAACAGAAAAAGUGAAAGUCAGAAGAGGCCGAGGCGGCCGCUCGCUCUUCUCUCAGCGUCUCUUUAAGAAAAGUCCAGAGCAGAAUCACUUCACCUGGAAAUGUGUUUCUUUACUACUGAUGUUUAUUGUUGUUUUCUCACUCUCCAACUCCAGUUCCCAGAAUUCCAUGUGUAAAAAGAAAAUAAUAAUAAAGUUGCCAUAACAUGACUAUUGCCAUGACUAUUUUACGUGUUAGAGCCAAUGCAGGGAGGAAAAAUAUAUUUAUAAUAUACAGUAAAAUAAAAAAAAAUUUGGAUAGUCUCUGAGAUGAAAGUAAUAAAUUUACAAGAAAAAAACUCACAAAUUUAUAAGAAAAAAAACCUUGAAAAUUCUGAGACAAUAAAGCCUCAAAUUUUUGAACCACAAAAAAAGUGAAAGUUUUUUUUCUCAUAAAUUUACAACUUCAGAGAAUUUUUGAGUUUUUUUUGUUGAAAAAAAGUUGGAUAUUCUCUGAGAUGAAAGUGAUAAAUUUACAAGAAAAAACUCACAAAUUUAUGAGAAAAAAACUUGAAAAUUCAGAGAUGAUGAAGUCGCUGAAUCCAGCUCUUGGCUCUUAGUUCCUUGACCCCAAAAAACGAAAAGAAAAACUGUUUUUCCAAGUUUUUCAAGUUUGUUUUUCUCAUAAAUUUGUGACUUUUUUAGUCUCAGAUUUUUUUAGUUUUUUUUUUUUUCAAGAAUGUGUGACUUUUUGUUUCUGUAAAUUUAUGAGUGUUUUCCCUGCGAGUUUCGGCCGAGGCUCUGUUAUUUUAUUCCUCCCUGACGCCCUGCUGCUGCUCGCUGUGCCGGGAAGCUGCCGGCUCGUGCAGCGUCUCUGCUUUGGGUUCGUGGCUGUUCUCUGUCGUGCCUUCAGCUGCAUCCAACAGGAAAAUCUGAGUUUUGAAACCGUGUGGCGCCGACCUGACGUGUUGGGUGUGUCGGUGCAGACGCCGCCGCCGCAGGUCGAGCCUCUGAACGUCAGCUCAGCGCCGCAGGGGGAAAAACUCUGAGUUUUUUGCUUAAAUUGCUGCUCCUGCAGAAACCUGGAUGUUUGUUGCCUAAUCAGUGCUAGUUUUGAUACACGAGGGGUGAGAGUAUUUUUUAUGGGGAAAAUAAAAAACUUGUUUUGGUCAUUUUGUAGUAAAGCGGCGCCGUCAUGUGACGUGGCUGCCAGAGAUGAUGUACAUUUGAUAAUUAAAGAUCAACUGGAAUAAAGAUACAGAUUCACACUUUA